UAUAUGAGUGUAUUUGGUGCCCAGCUCAAUAUGAGUUUUGCUUUGUAAUGAGCAACCUUAUAAUGUUGAGAUAAAUCCAUGAUCAUCUUCAAGCUUCCUUUUAAAAAACAGUAAUGAUGCCCUUAAGAUACUACAGUCUCUCUUUGUCUUCCUUCAGAGCCUCAGCGAGGAGCAUUAUGGAGAUGCUCUGGUUGUGUUACUCUUCUCCGACUCCUCAGAGAGCAGGUCAUCUGCUCUCUCUACUUGUUCUCUGUCUCUUGAUGGCUGCUGUAACUGCCUCACUACUUUUCCACUGGCUCAUAGACCUUUUGAAAUAUGACAUCCAGACGGCGUUGGUUGCAGUUGGUAUCUAUGCCACAGCUGUGUUUAUCCUGUCAUCUCUCAUCCAUCCGUUCCGAUGUGCCUUCACGCUAAUCUUCCCGACACUGUUUACCCGACAGGGUCGUAAACUGCUCUUAUCCACAUCUGUGAUGAUUGUAGUGCUGUACAUUCUACCCAACAUGGCUGCCAACAUUGCAACUCUAACAAAUGUUGUGAAAUGUGCAUCAGAAAAACUCUCUCAAAGUCUUCUAAGCAGCUCAGAGCUUAUCAACACCAUCAAGGACAAUAUAGUCAGAAACGCAGAGGAGCAAGUGGACAGCAGUUUAAUGCAAACACUACGUGAUUUUGAUCACACCACAAAUAUUAAUGUCUCAGAAGUGAAGGGACGGUUGCAUUUCUUGAGUCAGCGAGUGCAGGAGGAUUUCUCUAAAGUUAAAAAUCAAGUACAGGAUCUGAAGCUGCUAUUCAGCAGAAUCUUUGCCGCUGUUUUUGUUCUCUAUUUGUUUACAGAGUCUGUCAUGUACCUUCGCUCUUAUUUGACGUCUGUAAGAUUUGACAACACGUAUAUCACAGGAGGGCUCAGAAGGAAAGCUGUCGAAAAAGGGAUUGUGGUUGAAGCAAAGGAUGUGAAAAAUGGAGUAAACUCCACCAGUUUCAGAAUAACUAAAAGGGAACUUUUCAAAUGUCUGCCUCCUGCCAUGGUGAUCACUUUGUAUCUGUUGAUGACAAUCUUUUUGAUAGUGCUGGAUCAUUUCUUGUAUUACUUGGUGAAAUCAGGUGGUCCUUGGAUUUCAAACAUGCCAUCCACCAACAUCAGCAUCAACGUCAACUUCAAGGUUGUAACAGAGAAUGGCAUCUGCCAGAUCUUUAGCUCAGACUGUCAGAAAGAAUUGUUCAACUUCAACAGAAAUUACGGAGCCCUCAUUCACUCUGAUCCAAAUGUGUGUGAAGCCCAAUCCAGUAAGCUGAACCCAAGUGUAGUGACGGCGCUGGUGUUCCUCUAUCUGUUCAGCUACUCCCUGUUGCCGCUGGAGAUCUACGCUCGACGCCUUCGGAGGAAAGUAGCAGCUUCUUUCUUCCAGCAGCAGGAGGAGAGAAGGGUUGAAUUCCUUAUUAAGAAAAUUCAAACUAAACAAAAAGAAAGACAAAAUGUUUUCUUUAUAGAAACCAGACAUCAAGAUGAAUAUGUCUCUGGGAUGACAGAUCAGCAUAAAUAAUACACAUUGCAACUUCUGUUUUUUGUCAACUUUAUAUUAUUUUUGUUUUGUUUUUAUUGAUGUUUUUAAUUUAUAUUUAAUUCUUGUGUAUUUGUUCUGUGCUCUAAGGGGCAUGUGAUGUGACCUAUGACACUUUAAAAGGUUAAAAAGACCUCAGUGUUUAACAGAGCGAAAACAGCUUUCUGCUUUUACCUCAUGUUCACAAUCCAUUAAGGCACCAUGUUAGUGCUCGGUCUGGAGGGACUGGAUGAUGGAAAAAUGACAAUGGACAGGAAAUCAAAAGGUCAUACUGGGCAGAAAAAAAAAAUAAACAGUACAUGUUUAGGAGGCUGCAGUGUGUGCAUCAUUAUCAAUGGUUUAUCAUAUGACUGCCUGGUAUAUUAAAUAACUUGUAGAUAAUAAGAAGUUAAAUUGGGAUAGCUCUGUUCUUCUGAAGAAUCUUUUAUCAUUUACUUUCAUUUGACACAAAAGUAGAUAAUAAAAAAAAAAUUUAAUGAA